AGUAGGGGUGGAGUUUACAGGUAAAUUUUAUAUGUCCAUACUAACGACGGUCGACGUAGAGUAUGUAGGACAGAAAAUAGAAGCAUGAGUGGGAUUUCGUGUAUGAAUAUGGAUAUAUUUUUGGUUUUGGUUUGAUCACUGUUUAUGUGAACUAGUAAACAACAGAUGGAUUUCAAAGUAGCCGUAGUUUUCCAGUUGUGCACUCUACUACAAGGGAUCAUUUCUGAAGUCGUAAACCUAGAAGAGUUGAAUAAAGGUUUCUGCCAUAAGGACAGUAAGCCAGUGCGUGUUGCCUUAAGAUGUGACAUCCACAAUGCUACAGUCACAAAUGAAACAUCUGAAGACUUAUUUGUCCAAUGUUCAAAGAUGUUGAAAGGUGACGUACAUUGUCAUUCUGGAAGGCAUGAUAGAAUUAAUGGAGUACUCGAAUAUAACUUCACGUUUGAUCAUUCAUGGCAUGCUGGAAAAUUACAGUGGAUAAAUUACACGUGUGACAACGGAACGCAGUUUUCGGAAAGCCUUCGUUUGUACCCAUGCCUGUCGGGAUUUACUGCAUAUGGAACCCACAAUGGCACACAUGUAAACAUCGAAUGUAAACACAUCCUCUUCAAUAUGUCAAAAGGGAUCAGCAUCGUCGAUAACAGUGCGGGCAACCAUUUAAUUACUUGUCUAAAUCGGAAUCAAUGCCAUCCGCAAUACAAAGGACACCCCAAUGGUAUACAUGGUUUCAUUAGGGAAUACAAACCAGGAUCGGGUUUCCUAUGUACUAUGGAUGGUCAGAGUAUUGAAGUUGAUCUUCACGUGGAUAAUACUAUACAGGGAACAGCAAAAACAGGAUCCCAGCCCGAAGGAAAUGGAGGUGGUCAUCUCGUUUCCUACCUACUGGGUAUAUUUUCUCACUUCUGUGUCACUGUGAUGCUCAAGUAUACUGUUAUCAAUGUGUAGAACUACAGGCACCAGAAAAGAAAUAAUGAAGGAUUCCUACGUUAUCUAUUGAAUGAAAUUUAAACACUUGCAAUGGACAGGUGUCGAAAUCUGUCCAUAGGUGAUAUUACAGAAUCAAGUCCCCGUAUCUCAGCGAGCAUGUCAGGAUACCCCCCCCCCCUGCUUAAAAGUUUACUGUGUCAAAUUAGCACACCUUCACUAGCAAUGGUGAAUUCUCGAGCUGAACGUUAAACAAUAUAUAAACAACCAACUAUCAUAAAGCUAUAUAUCUAAUAUAUAUUCCUGAUUAAAAUAUGGAGCUCACGGCGGAUGUUAGCAGUCGUCACAUGAUCCUCACUCCUACUAGGCACCUAUUCCUACCUCUGGUAGACCCAUAGUUCUGUAUUCCUUAUAGGAGUUAUGAGACUAAUCAUUGUUCGUUAUCUUUACCUUUCAUAUCUUAAUGUAAAAUAGAACGUGUAUAGAGAUGAGUGUGUGUGUGUGUGUGUGGGUGUGGGUGUGUGUGUGUGAGUGUGCGAUGUCGUUGUAUUUGUGAUAGAAGUUCUGAGAGACGUUGUAAUAUAUGAUAAGAAUUUUACAAUAACAUUUUGUGAUACAUAAUUUCAGAGAGACAUUAGAAUCAUAAUUUUGUUAAAAUGAUAUUUGUAUUGGUUAUAUAAUUUCUGAGAGAUGGUAGAAUUAUAGGUUUGUUAUAGUAAAUUGUAUGCAAGGUGAUGAUAACGAACAGUGAUCAAUAUCAUAACUACUAUAAGUAUGUGUAAUAUAAGUUAUGAAAGACGUUAUAAUUUAUAAAAAGUUUGUUAUAAUGUAACAGACAUACGGUACCAAUUUUGAUGCACUAGAUGCGCAUUUCGACAAAUAAUGUCUCUUCAUUGAUGCUCAACCGAAAUGUUUGAAAUCCGAAAUAACUAUGAAGUUUUAGAGUUAUUUAGGGGAAAACAGUGUGCCAAAAUUGUGGAGUCAAAUUCGUCUAAGGAUAAGAGCUAUGCGUGAGGGACAUAAUCCUUAAUUUUGAAAUGAAUUUCUAAAUUUUGUAACAGCAAUUAAAUUUACAUCCGUAUUUUCAAGCUAGUAACGAAGCACUUAGCUGCUGGGCUGUAGAGACCCUCGUGGAUAUCAUAUAUUCUAACGUCUCUCAGAACUUAUUUUACAAAUACAUUUUAUUAUAACAAACUUAUAAUUCUAACGGCUCUCAUAUAUAUAAUAAAAUUUGAUUCUGUGAUAUAAUUUGAGAAACGUUAGAAUUAUAAAUGUGUGAAAAUAAAAUGUUGUAUUGUGUGAUAUAAUUUCUGAAAGGUGUUAGAAUUAUGGGUUUGUUACAUAAAAUUUUGCAUUUGUGAUAUAACCUAUGAGAAACCUUAGAAUUACAAGUUUCUUACAAUAAAAUUGUGUAUGUGUGAUAUAGUUUCUAGGAAAAUAUCAUAAUUUUUUUACUAUAAUAUUUGUAUUUUUGAUAUGAUAUUUGAGAGACGGUAGAAUAUAUAAUAAGUUUGUUACAAUAAAAUUUUGUAUGUGUGAUAAAAAUCAAAACUAUAAGUUUAUUACAUUGAAGUUUUGUAUUUGUGAUAUUGGUUCUGAGAAACAUCAGAAUUAUAAAUAUGUUGCAAUAAAAUUGUAUAUGUGUGAUAUCAGUUCUGAUAGACGUUAGUAAUUAUGAUAAGUUUCUUACAAUAAAAGUUUGUAUUUGGGAUACAAUUUCUGAGAAAAUUAGAAUUAUUUGUUUUUGGCAAUAUAAUUUUGUAUUUGUGAAAUAAGUUCUGAGAGAUGUUAGGAUUUAUGAUAAGUUUUUUUUUAUAAUAGCAUUUUGUAUGUGUGGUAUAGUUUCGGAGAGACGCUAGAAUUAUGAUUUUAUUACAAUAAAAGCUUUACAUCCAC